CCAGAUACUGACUGUUACUUUUGAUUUUGACCCCGCCGCCCCUUUGUUCAGGGACACAUUAUUCAAUUUCUGUUCGUUUUUGCUAACGUUAGAAGGAACUAGCCAGCGAGCUAACUUCAUUUAGUGAAGUCAAGCACGUUUUAUAAAAUUGGUUUGUGUUGUUUGUUAACUAACCUGUUUGGCUUUCAUGUUUAUAGAUAGAAGUGAGUAAAUGAGCGCUUCUUUGGUUGUAGACCUAACUUGGCUAACGUUAGCUAUAGCCUACAGUACAAAAUCAGAUGACUUUAAAACUCAUUAGCUAAUACAUUUAUCUACCAUUCACCUCAACUGGGUUUUAGGGAGUUUGCUUAGCUGGUAAUUAGAUCUAGAAUCUAAGUGGUCUUUAAAUAUGAUCCAUUGAGGCAUAUUAUUCACCAUUUCCCUCUAGCUACCCUCUGGACUUAAGCUCAGUGUGUCUUAAAAGUUUAGUUUAGUGGAAAUGUUUAGGGGUACUUACUGUACUUUUCCUUUCCUUUAACCUUAUCAACACUAGUCAGCGAUUGGCUUUGUUGUGAGAAGGAUGUAAUAGAUGUACUGCUAGAUGAGAUGUUUGGUCAUUUCCCAGGGUCUUUAUCCCAGGUAGGCCAACAUCUAGAUCACCCAUAUGCAACAGAUCCUCAUGAACCUCGAGGGCAGACGCCAGGUUGGUUAGGAACAGCAGUAGCAAGUGAAUGGGAGAUUACCACAGAAUCAACAAAUGAACCAAAUUUCACAGUGACACAAUAUGUAAACGACCCACACUGCCCUGUUUCCUCACCUACAUUGGAAAAAGAAAGUAAUUAUAUCAAGGUGAAAGAUGUUCCAUCUACUGGUGUUCAGGGUAGGGAAAUUGUAGAUGUUGUUCAUCUGCCAAACAUAAACCCUGGAUUACAGAAUGUACAUCAAACAACGCCUGUUAACCUUGAUGAAAUUGCAGCCAUUCUACAAUCACAUGGAGAGGGUGGAAACAUUAGUGGUUCAAAAACGCAAAAUACUCCCUCAUGCUCUCAGCCAAAUAAACUACUUACUGGUAUACCUCUACUACAAACAUUGAACAUAGGAGGAAAACAGUUCUUUAUCCUAUCAAAUCCAUCAAGUAGUGGCUCUGUAGAAGGGAAAACAAACCCAUCCACACAGGGUUGUAGCCAAUCUCAAACACUGUCGCCAACUGAUCGGCAAUUGUCUUACGGAAGUUUUCUUCCAAGCCAAAGUACUGUCAUCCUCCCUGGGCUAACCACCCCUACUACAGCGACCACCUCUGCUUCUGUGCAGCAGCAAUAUGUCUUCCUGCCACCCAAUUGUAAAACAUUGAACAAUCCUCCUGCUCAAAGUAAAAAGCAUGUGCCCCCCGUCAAGAAACCAUGUCCUGUGAGUCACAUAAAGUUUAGGGAUCUAUACCCAAACUGCAUGAAAAUAGGUCUAGACCUCAACGGGAGAUCAAAAGAAAAACUUCACUUGAAGUUUCUGACUAACGGCGUUAUGUUUGAGAUUCAUAACUUUGCCAGCAAGAUAACAACAGCUUUCCAGUAUGUUGUGUUUGAUAUUCUAGAACACAACUUUGAUCUCGGUUUGCAAAGUGAGCAACGCUGGAAAUUUGUCAGUGCUGUUACAGGGAGAUUAAAGCCAAUCAAGAAGAAAUGUAACAAUAGAAAGUACACACUUGAAGUGUUCACACUACCUGAUCUUCGGAAGAAAGCGAAACCGAUUUCUGAAGCAACUUUACUGGCAAAGGCUUCCCAAGACAAGGACUCAUCAAAGACAUUGAGACAGAAACUUGCUCAACAAAAGCAAUUGGAGAGAAACAAGCGAGUUAGGCAAAGUAAAUAUCAGAUGGCUAGGGAGGAAGAGAAUGCCAUCAAAUUUCAGAAGGCUCACGAGGUCAUGAACAACUUUUUAAUGACUUGGUUUUAUCAUGACGGGCACGUUACUCUUCAGAAUGCCAGUGAAACCAUUCCUAAUCAGAUGGAUGUCACGUCGUGCUCUGUUGAAACGGCAGCACUUGGCAAAGAGAAAGGACCUACUGAUGUCUGCUUUAAAGAUGAGUCUGAUCCUCAUCCCAAAUCUUUUGGGCAGGUCAAGGAGGAACCCAUUUUUAGUGAGACUGCUGUCACAAAGGGGGCAGAUAAAAUGGCAACACCUGUCCAUAAGAAUGGAGGUACUGAGAUUGACAUAAAGGUUGAGUCUGAUCUAGGCCUACCUCUUCGGCAUAUCAAGGCGGAGACAAACUCUGAGACCGUUGCAACACUGUACACCGGUGAAAAGGCAAUGCCUUGCCAGAAGAAUGAGCCGACAGACAUCUGUACAAAGGAUGAGCCUGAUUUUCACCCCAAAUCUCUGCCACAGAUAAAGGAGGAUGCACCCUGCAAUGGAACUGAAGAAACACUGUACAUGGACGAAAUGGCAACGCCAGGCCAGACAAAUGGACUCAAUGUCGUCUCCAUUAACAAUGAGUCUGAUCUUCACCCUGAAAUGCAGGGUGCUGUAAGAGGCUUGGAACAAUCCCAUUUGUCGUCUACAAUGGAGAGAACCGUGAAUAACCCAUACCCCUACUGCGGGAGAAUAGGUCUAGACCUUGAUGUGAAAUCAAAACUGGCAGUAAAAAUUAACUUUAUUUGUAUUCACUGACUACGGGUGUAAUGCUUGAAAUUCAUGAUUUUGCCAAUGAAGUAUGUGCGUCAUCUAAGGAGAUUGUUGUUAGUGUCAUAAAACACUAUUUCCAUCUUGACUUGGAAAACGAAAAAUUGCUACGCUCUGAAAAUAUUGGGAACAGACUAAAGCGCUUACCAAAACUGAAAGAUAUGAAAGAGAAACUCCUAAACGAACCCUUCACGUUCACCAGUCCAGUACAAAAACCCUGCCAAAAAACAGCUGCUAAGGGAACUACUCGGCCUAAUGCAUCACUUGUGUCAAAGUAUCAAAGUUUGAAAGAAAUUUCAGAAAGAAGGCAAUUGGAUGUAAAGAAAAGGAAAGAGGAAAAAACUGCCAAGAUGGCAGCCAAUGAGAAAGAGGAACCAGCCAAAACGUUUCCAAAGCCUCAGACGACUUGUCAGGUCAAAGAACCCUGGUCAAUGAAGUCAGUCCCAGAAAUACCCACAAGGGCAGGCCUAUAUCGUCAGCAUGCCAUCUCUACAAAGUCACACAGUGCACUGAUGAAAAAGCUAAGAAAAUGUAAUGUCACACAGUGCACUGAUGAAAAAUCAAAGUUUAGACAGAUAAAGGUACCUGCUGACAUAUACCCACAGGAGGAAUCUGAUCAUCACUCUGAGCUCACAGAGCAAGCCUCUGAACCAGAAGACAGCCAAGUAGACAUGUUUAGGAAAAUGAUCCUGGAUGUAGUCAUGAGUGAUGAAGUGGACCAGAGGAAGAUCUUUACUAAACUGAUUAUAUGUGUUGGUGACCCGGCUGACCCAGAGAGGAAAUUCAAGCAAAUCUUAACUGAAUACAGAUCAGAGAUUUUGCCACACAUGGUUGAGCAAUAUCAUGCCUAUAGUGAUGCUGAAAAGGUAAUGCUGUCCCUUGUGAAUGAGCUGUUCUGUGGCCUACAUUUGAUUGACGGCUUAGCUCACCAGGCAAAAACAACUCUUCUACUGUGGGAAAAGCAGAUUUUUGGAGAUAAGGAAGUUAGAUGCUCCUCAAGCUUUGGGACAACAGAAUUGGAGUCUGGAACAGUGCGCUUGGUGAGAUCUGUGUGUGAUGCUGUCCAAGCCAAAGGGCGUGCAAAUGAUGACAGGUUUGUGAAAUUCAAAACCUUUUUGACCGGCAAAGGAGAAUUUGACGAGGUUCCUUUGGUUCCAUUCAGAGGAAAUAGACUUGACACACUCUGUCAUAAUGCUGCAGGGGUGUACAGCAUCCAUGAUGAUUUGGUGGAGUUUACCAGUGAUUACAUAGUGGACAGUAGUUUGAUCAAAGGAGUUGCUGUUGAUUUGGAGGUUCCACAGUUCAAGGCUGGAUUCAGAGCUCUGGGUCUAAUUUCUAAGAUAAUCAUUUAUCCUCUCUGGAGAGCCUUGACUUUGAAGGGAAACAUAUUGAAGAUGGAAGCACGAUACCAAACCCUUGUUACCAAGCUCAAGGAAUGGCAGGAAGAUGGAAGAGACGUUGUUGAAGUAAAUGUACGCUUGUUUGAUGACAUUGAGGUACCCAAGGACCUUGUGUUUGACAGGCUUACCAUGUGGACAGACACAGACUUUUAUGAGUUGACAGUUCAGAUCGUUGAAUUACUACUUGCUAGUUGUCUGAGAGUAUGUGGCAAGAUGCUGUCUAGUAAUCCUGACCAUUGCAGGUAUGUUCUGCCAACAGAUGAGCUGAGAGUGAAGCUGAGGUCAAUGCCAAAGAAAGAUGCCAGCCUGCAAAGAGAUGUUGGCCUCUUGGAGCAUCUACAAAGGGCUAAAUCAGGAGCCAUUGGCAUCACCCUAGAGGCCAUGGUCAUGUUCAAGGGGAGUCGCACCUGGGAUUGGCUUCAGUCUUUGGACAGAGAAAAAAGAAUGUCAGUGCUGAAAGCAUUUCAGCAUGCAGUUAAGCAACAAAACGUUUUGGCAAUGGAGUGCUCAAGUGUCCAGAAUGUGAAAGGCAACCGCACUAAAGCAGUUGUGAAGCCUGGACAUGCUGCCACUGAGGAGCAACCGAAACGUACUGAUCAGAACAUUGAGGGAAUGACGGUGAAGUCAGAGAUGGAUUCCGGGCUUGAGAAUGAAGUAGCCAGACCUCAACAAUCAGCCCUACAGGUCAGACCUCAACAAUCAGCCCUACAGGUCAGACCUCAACAAUCAGCCCUACAGGUCAGACCUCAACAAUCAGCCCUACAGGUCACACCUCAACAAUCAGCCCUACAGGUCAGACCUCAACAAUCAGCCCUACAGGUCAGACCUCAACAAUCAGCCCUACAGGUCAGACCUCAACAAUCAGCCCUACAGGUCAGACCUCAACAAUCAGCCCUACAGGUCAGACCUCAACAAUCAGCCCUACAGGUCAGACCUCAACAAUCAGCCCAACGGGGCAAAGUGAGAGUCCUGCUGAAAAGACUUGUUGUAGAUAAACAGAAAGCUAUGGUGCAUGAACAACACCAUCCAGGUGGACACUAUGCCAUGAUGAAACAUGAUUUGAUCAGAGAGUUAGAGAAGUGUGGCGGUUUGUGGGAGAAAGAGAAUGAUAUGGAUGAACAGUUGGCCUUAUUAGAUGAAGAUGAGAGGUAUUCUGCAGUUAUCUGCCAACUUCAGUUCCGGAAAUAUGUCCUUUGUAUGAGAAAUGAGAAAGGGCUUCUCAACAAUUCAGUUGCUGGCAUAAAACUUAGCUUUGAAGAACUUGUGACAAAUUUGAGAUCAUUUAUCUCAAAAAAAACAAUACCUCUGAAGAAGUCAAAGCCCCCAGUCUGAAACGAAAAGCAGACACAACUGAGACAUUGCCCGACAAACCUUCCAAAAUGAUGGUGAAAGUGGCUGAGAAUGUUGUGGGCAGGGUUUCAAAGUGCGCCACAGGUGUGGUUAGGGAUGCAGAGCCAAUGACGAGCUAUGCACCCAGAAAACAAAAAUGUUGCCUACCUGCUGAAGUUACUGUUGAGAUGGAUUAACAUGAAAAGGGCGGCAGAUAAUAUAGAAAAGUAGCCCUCGCAAAGCCAGUACACAUCCAGUAAUGAAGAGAACAGAGAAAAACAUGAGAUUUUAGUGAAAUUAAGACAUUUACUUUACAUUUACGUAAUUUAGCAGACGCUCUUAUCCAGACCACAGAUCUAUUUGUAUUAUGACUAAAUGGGAAAAAAAGUUUGUUUAGUCUGAUAAAUAACAUUUCAGUUUGACAUACUAGGCUUAAGAUUUCAUCCGAGUUCAAAACAGAUUUAUCUUUUGAAUCUUCUAGACAAAUGUAUCAGCAAUGACUGAGAUGUAUACAUUGUACAAUGUGUAGAUGGGAAUGUGAAGCAACUCAUGCUUUUACUUUAUUUAAACUUCAUACCAGCAACCCUUUUUAAGAAUUUGGACUAUGAGCUGCCUCCAGUAUUGACUUAGGCCAUAUUCAGCACAAUUCACAAUGGUCAAACCCAUCCGUGAUGCUAACCAGAUUACAGGAUAGAGGAGAAACAACCGUGUCUUGAGAGAGUCUAUCUACUUGACCCAUUUAGGCCUUUUUUUGUUGAUUUUAUUUUGUUGUAUUUGUCUAUCAAAAUCAUUUUAGUUGGGAAAGGAAGUGGUUAAGGUGAACUGGGCAAGACGACCCUUGGCUUCCUUCAAAGCCCUUAUCACUCCUAUGGAUAUCAGGUUUUCUGUUAAGAAGCAGGACCUUGUGAAGUCAUUACAGGAAUUGGACAGAAAAAUCCUGUGAGACAUUUUCAAGUGAUGAACGCCCCAAUUUUUAUUUUGAUGGACUUGAAUUGUGAAUUUUCCCCAUGGCAGUCGAUCCUUGGGAGAGAGCCAAAGCUCACACAUCUACUCUAUAGGACACCAAAUCAGUGAGAAAUGACAGUCAUCAUAAGGAAAAAUAAAUAAACAAAAGACCUUGUUUUUUCUUUUUCCUUUUUUGGUGUGGUUUUUCCCGAAGACGAUACUUCAAAAUUGUUCAAGUUUACCACUGACGUUUUGGAAAUAACCAUAAAGGAGAACUGUCCUUGGUGAAUGGGCACUCCCACUGUGGUACAAGUGCAACUCUCUGUUUACAUUGGAUGCUGUAAUCGCUCACCUGCUGUGGAACAAAAAAGGUAAACAAUCCCAGUGACAUGAAGAAUGUAUGCAGCAUCUCCUGAGCAGCAAUACGAUCAUCUGAGUGGUCAUCUCAGUCUUGUGUCCACUGCUCACAAUAGAAGACCUCGACCUAAAAAAAUGUUUUUAAUUCUCUCUCUGUCUCUCGUCGUAACCUCUAUAACUGUCCCCUCUCAAUGUAGCAAUCUCUGACUGUGCUCUUUUUAGUUUGCACAUGUUUCAGAUGGAGUUUGGGGAAUGGGCCCACCUGACCAUUCAAACUCAGGCGCUGACAUAUCAGAAGGCUAGUCCCAGUUAUUAUGUUACGUAUAAUACAAUAAGCUACUUUAUCAAAACAUAUUUAUAUAUAAAUGAUAGAGGCUUGGUUUUACUUACAGGGUUCCACUAAUAUUAGACAACAGACAGCAGAAGACCAUUCAGACAUGAUGAUGCAGGCAUACUGCAACAUUACUGCAGGUUAACGGUUAGGGUCUCUCUCUCUCUCUCCGUCUCUCUCUCUCUAAUUGUCUGUCUGUUCAUAUGUCUUUGAUCUAAAUUAUUUUACUAACAAAAUAAAUGUUCUCCCAGGUGGAGUUGGAUGAAUGCACCAUCUCUACAACCCAUGGGUCCAGGCCAGGAGCAGUAGAUGCCACCGCCUUUCCAACACCGGGGAUGAGAUAUCUGCAGGGUUUCAAUGCUGUUGGACAACAGAAAAGCGUAGACCAUUGAGACAUGGUGAUUGAUGGUGAUGGUGUCUAAGAUGUACUGCGUGCUCUUUCUGACGUUGAACCAGAAGUGCACCAUCUGUUUCUCAUUCUGGUUUCUCUCCUCAGUCUGUAUCCAGUGCGUCUCCCCCAUCAUAUUUGGGCCAGGAUGAUGAUCUUAGACCUUGGUGGGGUUUUGGACCAUCUCUGUUUCUGUAAAGAAGACACCUUGUCUUCAUCAUCACAUGGCCAACUGACAUCCAACUGACAGCCAACUGACUGCCUCUGGCCUCCAUGCCUGGGUGUCUGUCUGCUCAGAGGACUGACUGACUGUUCUGAGACCUGUGUCUCUGUCUGCUUUGAGGACUGACUGACUGUUCUGAGACCUGUUGUCCCACAUUCCACUGUCUCAUUCCACAGCAGAACCACGGCUGAUUAGGAUGUUACAGGACAAAGAGACACUGAUCUGUGAGUAGAGACUACAGCACCCACAAAGUAGAGACUACAGCAUCCACAAAGCAUUGCAGCCUCCCUUACUGACUUUUAAUUUUAUUUUUUAUGUGAGUUAAUGUUCUGUAAAUACUCCCAGGUUUGGUGUUUCAGAUGUUCAUGGUCUAUGUUAACAAUUUUGCACUGUGUGCACUUGGUGUUUUUUUUAUCCAGGAAAUUGUGGCUUGUGGAAAAUAUCACACAAUUUACUUCUAACAAAUUUGACAUUUCUAUUUUCAUUUAUGUUGGAACGUCUUCUGUUUUUGGAUAAUAAAGUAUACUUUGAUUAUCAUA